AUGCACCAGUACGAGCUCCUGUUCGCAGUGAACCCGCGCACGUACAGACCGCUGUCACGGGACUACUUUGAUACUCAACACAGCUUCAGAUCACGAGGAUCCUCAGGCAGCUCUGAACAACGCGGUGCCGUGAUCUCUGAACGCGUGCACGGAGGUUUACUGUCCGGUGCACAUUGGAAUCGACCCUCCCUCUUCAUCUUCAUCAUCAUCAUCAUCAUCAUCAUCACCAUGAAGGCCCUCAGCGUGUCUCUGGUACUCGGCUUCUUCCUGACCCUGAGCCGGGCCGUCCCGCUCAACAGCACGUACCCCAUGAAGAUGAUGAUGAUGCGGGGCAAUCACGAGAACAUGGACAAACCCCACCCCAUGGACAUGGAGAUGGAGAUGGAGCCCUACUGCCCGUACGGCUGGACCCACUAUGAGCAUGAGUGUUUCAUCUUCAUCAACAGCAACAAGAAUUGGAUUGAAGCCGAGAAAUACUGUCUGUUUGUAGGGGGCAACCUGGUGUCCAUCCACAGUUAUGAGCAGAACCACUUCCUCCAGUCUUUGACCGAAGAUGGCACCCACAGCUUCCCCCUGACCUGGAUCGGCGCCACCGACGCCGUCCAUCUGAAUGCUUGGCUGUGGAGUGACGGCUCCAAGUUUGACUAUGAAAACUGGACCCGAGGCUACCGGAUGAAUGAAACCGAGCGCUGUCUGGAGAUGAACUAUGGAUUGCACAAGAAGUGGAUCAACGCCCCCUGCGACAAGUGUCUCCCUUUCAUCUGUGGCAAGAUGAUGUGAAACCAGCCGCAUCCAACAGCUGGAGUUUCAUUUUGUUUUGAACAGAUGCAUCAAAGGUUUCGAGUCCACCUGCCAAGAUGUGGUCCAGGUCUGCCCAUCUGAGCUCCCUGUAGUCCAUCUCGUAUCUGUGUCGACACACAUGACCUCCUCCUGUUGGAUUGAGUCAAUCACUGACAUCAUUAAAGCUAUCGAUGCACACUUAGCUGUGUUAGUAUGAAUGAAAGCAGGAGUAAAGGUGUUUGAUUAAUUCUUCUUUUACAUGUGUAGUGUGUGCCCUCAAAU